CAAGAAAAUCGUUGGUGAUCUCAAGAUGCGGCAUGAUCAUGUGCACCUCUGUGUACUACUAGCACUCUUUCUGGUUUCUUGGACCCAAGGAGGGGAUGGAGCAACACACCACCCUGCAGUGAUGGGGGGCAAUGAUCAGUAUUGGCAACGGCACAGCCAGACGGCGGAUCCGGUCGUCGUCUUCGAUGACGACGAGCAGGUGACGGCCAACCGGCAGCCAGCUCCAGCAGGCGCAGCGUCCAACGGAACAGUGGUCGUCAAGACGCACACCGAGUACUCGGCCGUCGCCAGGAACUCGUCCAGCGACAGCUUCGCCGUGCUCGUGCACCUCAAGGCUCCCGGGAUGACCGACGCCGGAUCGGCAGGCGACGCGCAACCACGAGCCCCGCUGGACCUCGUCACGGUGCUUGACGUGAGCGGGAGCAUGCACGGGCAGAAGCUGGCGCUGCUGAAGCAGGCGAUGCGGUUCGUGAUCGACAACCUCGGCCCCGACGACCGCCUCUCCGUCGUGUCCUUCUCCUCCGGUGCGCGCCGGGUGACCAGGCUCGUGCGCAUGACGGACGCCGGGAAGGCCCUGGCGGUGAGCGCCGUGGACUCCCUCAAGGCGGGCGGCGGCACCAACAUCGCCGCGGGGCUCCGCACGGCCGCCAGGGUGCUCGACGAGCGCCGCCACAGGAACGCCGUCUCCAGCGUGGUGCUCCUCUCCGACGGCCAGGACACCUUCACCGCGGUGAGACGAGGGGGCAGCGACUACGAGGCGCUCGUCCCGCCCUCGUUCCUGCGUGCAGGCAGCGAGUGGUCGGCGCCGAUCCACACGUUCGGGUUCGGCAAAGACCACGACGCGGCGGCGAUGCACGUGAUCGCCGAGGCGACCGGCGGCACGUUCUCGUUCAUCGAGAAGGAGGCGGUGAUCCAGGACGCGUUCGCGCAGUGCAUCGGCGGGCUGCUGUCCGUGGUGGUGCAGGAGGCGCGUAUCGCCGUCACGUCCGUGCAUCCGGGGGUUCGUGUAGUGUCGGUCAGGUCCGGCCGCUACGAGAGCCGCGUGCACGAGGACGGGCGCGAGGCCACGGUCCAGGUCGGGGAGCUGUACGCCGACGAGGAGAGGCGCUUCCUGCUGUUCCUCGCCGUGCCAAAAGCCGCAAAGGAUUCAGAAAGCGACACCGUUCUGGUGAACGUGGUGUGCAGCUACAGAGACGCCGCGACCGGCGGGAACGUCAGCGUGACGGCCGAGAAGGCGGUGGUGGCGAGGCCAGAGGACGCAGGUGAAGCGGAGCGGUCGGCGGAGGUGGAGCGGGAGCGCGUGCGGGUGGAGGCGGCGGAGGACAUCGCGGCGGCGAGGGCGGCGGCGGAGCAGGGCGCGCACGAGGAGGCAGUGAAGAUACUGGAGAACCGGGAGCGGCUGGUGGCGCAGUCGGGGGAUGGCGACGCGGUGAUCGUCGGGCUGGCCGGCGAGCUACGGGAGAUGCGGGAGCGCGUGUCUAGCCGAGCGAGGUACGAAGGCUCAGGGCGGGCCUAUGUGCUCGCCGGCAUGAGCGCGCACGCGCAGCAGCGUGCCAACUCGAGGCAGCAGCAGGAGUCAUUUGAGGCGUUCGGCGAGGCGGCGGCAGACGACGAGGCGACGUUGUCGUACGCUACGCCGGCCAUGCGCGCCAUGCUUCGGCGCUCGAGGGGGGCGUCUGUGGAGCAGAAGGUGCGCGAGUCUGGAGAUGAAGUCGCACAGAGUUAUUAUGGAGUGCCAACAUGA